AUGGCAUCCAAUACAACAGAGGGGUCUGGAACUCAUGAGAGUGAAGAGGGCCAUACAUCUUUGACACCACGUCGUACAUGGUCCAACGUUUGGGAGCACUUCCAGAAAGAUUUGGUUGAUGUGGAUGGUGAACUCAAAGCUGUUUGCAAGUAUUGCCAACUGAAAUUGGUUACCAAGUCUGGCACCAGUAGUCUUAGAGGCCAUAUUGCCAAUGCUUGUCCAGCAAUUGACAGUGCUAUCAGAAAGAGAUUUCAAGCAAGCAUGAGCAAGCAACCAGUAGAUACAAAUUUUGUCUUUGAUGCCCAACUCUGUCGUAAAGCGAUGAUCAAGUAUAUCAUUCAUGCUGAGGUCCCAUUUCUGCAGUUUGAAGACCAUUACCUGCAGCCUUGGAUUGAUACAAUGCAGCCAACUCUCAUAGUCAAGGGUCGACAUACAAUCCGCAGUGAUUGCUUCAAAAAAUUUGAGGACCUGAAGAAAGAGCUUCAUACUGAACUUCAGAGUUUGGACUCUCGUGUUUGCCUGACAUCAGAUAUUUGGACGGCAUCACAGAACUUAGGAUACAUGGCCAUAACAGCCCAGUACGUUGAUGCAGAAUUCAAGAUCAAGAAAAAGAUCAUUUGGUUUAAAGUACUAGAGUAUCCUCACUCAGGCUUUGCAAUUGAAGAAGAAACAAUGAGGUGCUUGACAGAAUGGGGCUUAAGGUAUAAAUUGUUUACUUCGGCAUGUGAAGAGCUGGUCAGAAAUCAUAAGCAUGAGUUAUUGUUUGAAGGUGAGCAUCUGCAUGUUAGAUGUUCGGCUCACAUUCUUAACAUCUUGGUUCAGGAUGGCAUGACAGUGAUCCACACAGCAAUCAAAAAGAUCCGUGAGCUGCUGAAGCAUAUUGAUUCAUCAGUCUCAAGACUUCAAAUGUUCAAUUCACUUGCAAAAGGGAUGGGUUUGGCCUCAAAAUCUGGCAUAUAUCUUGACAUCCCAACCAGAUGGAAUUCAACCUUCAAAAUGCUUAGGGAAGCAUUGAAAUACAAAGCUGUCCUUAAUUCUUAUGCUCCUAAAAUAUUUUGA